AUGCCGGCGCUCAAGGGCGCUACGGUGCCAAUCCACUUUGGCUCGUUCAUUGUCACUCCGCAAGUCUUCCUUCAAACCCCACUGUCUUUCGCUCUCGUCAAUCUGAAGCCAAUUCUCCCAGGCCAUGUUCUCGUAUGCCCUCGACGGGUCGUUUCUCGGGUUUCCAAUCUCACUCCAGCCGAGACCAGUGAUCUCUUCUUAACCGUGCGCCGAGUCAGCCGCAUGAUCGAACGGGUCUACGGCGCCUCGAGCCUAAACAUCGCUAUCCAGGACGGGGUGCACGCUGGCCAAAGUGUGCCCCAUGUCCAUGCACACAUCAUUCCUCGCAAGGCAGCGGAUCUAGAUCAUCGUGGUGGCACCGAUGCCGUUUACGACUUGCUGGACGGCGAGGAGGGAGACGUCGGUAAGGCUUUCCGAGAUGCCCAGAGCGCUACACCAGACACGCCCGCACAGGACCAAAGGACAACCUCGAGAUUCCCUGCGGUCGAUAAUGAGCAGCGGAAACCGCGCAGUCUAGAGGAGAUGUGCGCCGAGGCGCACAUGUUGGCAAAUGAAAUGGAGAAAGAGCCGGUCGAGUAA